UCUGCGGUAGAGAGCGGAGGCCUUGUCCCAUGGCAGGCUGCGUUCAUGUCAUCGAGGCCGGCUAAUGGCUGCUGAUCGAAGGGGCCCCACGUAGCCAAGGGCCAUGGGGGCGCUCCCGCGACCGGCAUGGCUCUGCCUCUGGCUCCUAAGCCUGCUUCUGGGCCUUGCCCGGGCCUACCUCGCCGUGCUCUCGUCGGACCUGCCCACUGGCACAGUCGUCUUCGAGGCCGGGGUCCCGCAUCUUGGGGGUCGACGAAGGUAUGCCGCUUCCCAGGAUCGCACUGCCUGGUUCGCGCUCAAAUUGCUCAAGGUGCACCCGCACACUGGAAGAGUCAGCCUCGCCAAGAGCUUAAAUUGCGAUGGUCUUCAGUAUCCGAGGCUAUUCACAUUUUACAUCGACUCGACGAGCUCCCGGUUGGGCCGAGCGACCAUCGACUACUAUAGCCUGCCUUUGCGUAUCCUGGUGACCGGUUGCGGCGGCGAAAACGUGGACCUCGCCGCGACGAAGGGCUGGAUGGCGGAGACCCUCGCCUCCUACGCCAUGCCGAGCACCGAUAAAUUCACUGAGGUCUGCCUGAGGACGUCACAACUAGUCGCCGCGCUCAGGGACUUCCUGCCGCAUACGGCCCUCAAGCAGUGCGAGACCAGAUGGGGUGGAGUGGCGGACCCACGAUUCCUCGUGGAGGGUGCUGCCGGCGAUCUUGUCUCAGCGUCGGAGCAGUGCCUCGUGGACCCAUUGUGGAAGAUCUCGGUCUCGAUGAAUCUUCGCUGCGGCACCAGCUACCUCUCAGAUGCGGAACACCGACUAAAGAUCGUCUUUCACCACCAGCAGCUCGAUGACACGGACCUGGGGCGCAGGGUGCGCCGGGAGUUGCGCAAUCAGUCACCGUUCUUCGAACAAGCGCUCUACGUUGCAGCGGUCGAGGAGGAGAAGGAUCCCGGAGUCGUUGUCACCUUCGUCCGGGCACGGGAUCCUGAGGGCGGUACCGUCAGGUACACGAUGAGCUCGCUGAUAGACGCGCGCUCGCAGAGCCUUUUCAGCCUGGAAUCGGUGCUCGGAAAGGUAACGACAACCGCACGGCUUGACCGCGAGAACGUCGAUGUACACUACUUCCGAGUGCUGGCGGUCGACGACUCCUUCCCGCCCAGGACCGGCACGACCACGCUGCAGAUCAACGUCCUCGACACAAACGACCACGCGCCGACUUUCGAGUCGCCCGAAUACGAGGCCGCGGUCCAUGAGAGCGUCCCCAUCGGCUCCAGCGUCGUUUCCAUCAAGGCCACCGAUCAAGAUGUUGCCAAGAACGCCGAGGUCGAGUACGCGAUUGUCUCCACCACUGGCGGCGGCACAACUACACUCACCGAGGACCAAUCGACCUUCAGGAUCGAUCCACGCUCGGGUAUCAUGACAACGAAAACGUCGCUCGACCGCGAGAAAACCGAGGUAUACACGGUAAUAAUCCAGGCUAUGGACCUUGCAAAUCCACCGGUGAAUCGACGCACUGCCUCGGCUACCCUGGUGGUCCACAUCCUCGACGACAACGACAACUACCCGCAGUUUUCUGAGCGCACGUAUAUCGUGAGCGUGCCGGAGGAUCUCGACUAUACGAUAAAUCCGGUGAUCGCGGAGAUACGUGCGACGGAUUCGGACACGGGCUCGAACGCCGCGAUUCGCUACGCGAUUAUUGGGGGGAACACGCAGAACACCUUCCAGAUCGACUCGCAGAGUGGUGACGUUAUAUUGGUGAAACCUCUCGAUUACGAAACAGUGAAGAAUUACAAGAUCAUCGUGCGUGCGCAGGACGGCGGACUGCCCGCCAAGUCCAAUACUACGCAGCUCCUCAUCAGGGUGAAGGACGUCAACGAUAAUGCGCCGAGAUUUCAUACGAGUCUUUUUCAAGAAGACGUGUCCGAGUCAGUUUCCAUUGGCUACUCCGUACUCAAAGUUCAGGCCUAUGAUGCGGACGAGGGCCCCAAUUCUCAGAUCAAAUACUCGAUUGGCUCGCGCGACUUAAGCGGCGGCUCUACCGAGAACUUCCCGGUGGCUGUGAACUGCGAAACCGGGUGGAUAUUCACAGUGAAGCAGCUCGAUCGCGAGCAGUGCUCCAAGUAUCAGUUCGUAGUGGUAGCGAGCGACUCGGGCGAGUCUCCAAAAUCAGCCAGUGCGACCGUAAUACUAACCGUCACGGACGUCAAUGAUAACGAUCCAUAUUUCGAUCCCAAGAGUUACGAAACUGUAGUCGCGGAGGAUGAUUCGCCCGGUACACCUGUCACAACUGUCACUGCAACCGAUCCAGAUGAAGAUGCCCGAAUCCACUAUGAAAUUUCAUCCGGAAAUACAAGAGGUCGCUUCUCCAUAACGUCGCAGAACGGACGCGGCCUUAUUACAGUAGCUCAACCAUUGGACUAUAAGCAAGAGAAGCGCUUCGUACUGACCAUCAUGGCAUCUGACUCGGGCGGCAGAAGCGACACAGCCUUCGUCUACGUGAACGUUUCCGACGCCAACAACUAUGCACCCGUCUUCGAGAACGCGCCCUACUCACUCUCCGUAUUCGAAGAUGCGCCCGUCGGUACGACGGUUCUUGUCGUCAGCGCCACGGACUCCGACGUCGGGCAGAAUGCGCAGAUUACGUACGGCCUUGGCAGUGAUACCGACGAGGCUCGCGAAGCUACGGAAUUCUCUAUUAAUCCGCAGACGGGAGCCAUCAUCACGACAAGGCCCCUCGAUAGGGAACUCGUUUCCGGCUAUUUGCUUACCAUCACCGCCAAGGACGGCGGUGUCCCGCCGCUCAGCGAUACCACUGAAGUCGAGCUAUCCGUCACCGACGUCAACGAUAAUGCGCCCACCUUCGACGCCGUGCAGUACCAGGGCACUGCGAGAGAGGAUGUGCUCAUUGGUACCAGCGUUAUCAAGAUCACUGCCACGGACAUAGACGUCGGCCUCAAUGGACGGGUCAAAUAUACGCUGGAGAAUGAUGGCGAUGGCUCGUUCGCUAUCGACUCGGCCACUGGUAUAAUUCGAACAGCUAAGGUUCUCGAUCGCGAAUCAACGGCACGCUACACUUUAAAGGCUAUGGCCAUGGAUCGUGGAUCGCCGGCGCUAUCGUCAAUAGUCCCCAUCAUCAUUAAAAUCGAAGACAUAAAUGAUUCGCCGCCUACUUUCGAAAAAGAUAAAAUUAUACUCUACAUUCCUGAAAAUUCGCCUGUCGGUUCUACGGUCGGCGAAAUCUAUGCCCAUGACCCCGACGAAGGGCCCAACGCCGCUGUACAGUAUUCUCUAAUAGGUGGCGAAGAUGUCGGUAGUUUUCGACUGAAUUCUCGUCCCGGAGCCGAUAGGGCCGAAUUAAUUUCUUUGCAAGAAUUGGAUUAUGAAUCGACAAAGAAGAAAUUUGAAUUAGUCGUAAGGGCCACUUCGGUACCGUUGCGAUCGGAUGCUAUAAUUCAGGUUCUCGUUACCGAUGUAAAUGACAAUGCACCGAAGCUAGAAGACUUUCAAAUAAUCUUCAACAAUUUCAAAGAUUUUUUUCCAAGUACUGCCAUUGGUCGAGUUCCUGCAUUCGACGCGGAUGUGACCGAUAAACUUGUUUAUACAAUACUUUCGGGCAACAACGCCAAUUUAAUUUCUUUAAAUAAAACGAGCGGAGAAAUUAUUCUAUCACCUCAAUUGAACACAAACGUGCCUCGCGUAGCGACAAUGGAUAUAUCCGUAACAGACGGCAUCAACGAAGUAAAAGCAACCAUGACACUUUCUGUAAGACUCAUUACGGACAAAAUGCUCUUCAAUUCCAUAACCGUGAGACUGGAUGAGAUGACCGUUGAAGCUUUCUUAAGUCCCCUUCUAGGAUACUUUUUGGAUGGCCUAGCUGCCAUUAUUCCCUGCCCCAGAGAUAAUAUAUUUAUAUUUAGUGUACAGGAGGAUACGGAUGUGCACAGUAAAAUUUUAAAUGUCAGCUUUUCGGCAAAACGAGUGGAGCCCGGCUCGAACGACGAGUUUUAUAGCACUCAGUUUCUGCAGGAGCGCGUCUAUUUGAAUCGCGGCAUUCUCGCGAGACUGGCUAAUGUUAAGGUUCUACCAUUCGACGAUAACCUGUGCGUGAGAGAGCCAUGCUUGGACUACGAGGAGUGCAUUACCGUAUUGAAAUUCGGAAAUGCAUCGGGUUUCGCCAGCAGCAGUACCGUGCUUUUUCGACCAAUUUAUCCAGUGACGACCUUUACUUGUCAGUGCGCUAAAGGAUUUACGGGGAGUAGAGAGGCUUAUUUGUGCGACACCGAAGUCAACUUGUGCUAUUCGAAUCCAUGCAAAAACGGAGGGACCUGUAGACGACGGGAAGGUGGAUAUACGUGCGAGUGCCCGGCUAAGUCAACGGGCCAAGCCUGCGAAAUAUCUCUAGAAACGGACUCGUGCGCGGCAGACCUAUGUAAAAGCGGCUCUCAGUGUAUAAACAAGAUUGACGGUGGAUUAUUUUGCGAUAACUGCCCGAUUACACCAUUAGAGAACGUGACGCCUCUUUGCGAGCUCAGAACUCGAAGUUUUGGGCCUGCAACCUUUUUAACCUUUCCAUCGUUGAGACAGCGGCACAGGCUACAUCUUAAACUGAGAUUCGCCACCGAAGCCUCGGACGGUCUAUUAUUAUAUAAUGGCCGAUAUAACGAGAAGCACGACUUUAUUGCUUUAGAAAUCGUGGAAUCCCAAGUACAAUUUAGCUUCUCUCUGGGCGAUGUAAUAACUAGAGCAACGGCUGAGAUUCCCGGGGGUAUAUCCGAUGGACAGUGGCACGAAGUCCAAGUUUCCUAUAUUAACAGAUCGGUAAUAGUAUCGCUGGAUAAUUGUGAUAUAUCGUUGGCAUUGAAGUUCGGGGAGAGGCUCGGCGAAAAAUGGUCGUGCGCGGGAAGGAACGAGCAUAUCCUUGAAGAACGAUGCAGCGAUAUCACCGAAACUUGCCAUCGAUUUCUCGAUCUCACAGGGCCAUUGCAAUUAGGAGGGCUGCCCGCAAUACCUUCGAACUUUCAAAUACGAAACAAGGACUUUAUCGGGUGCAUAAGCAAUUUUUAUGUGGAUCAUCGAUUCAUUGAUCUUAAUUCAUUCGUGGCGGAUAACGGCACGAUUGUCGGCUGUCCCGAAAAAAUGCACUUCUGUGCAUCUAAUCCGUGCAAUAAUAAUGGAUACUGUAAAGAGGUAUGGUCGGGCUAUGUAUGCGAAUGUGCCGAUGGCUAUGCCGGAUCGCAAUGUAAUGAUGAAAUAGCCAGACCCUGGCGAUUUCACGGCGAUGGCUUGCUCAGCUUCAAUCCCUUGUUAAAGCCCAUUCAAUUACCGUGGCUGACGGGAUUUAGUUUAAGGACGAGAGCUCAAGACUCUUUCAUUAUGACCAUUCAAAUUGGACAGAAUAGCUCCAUCUUGUUCCAAGUCAUGGGUGGAAAGUUAGUAGUUCUGUUAGAUGGUGCCGAUGUGAUAAAAUCGUCAACUAAUGUAGCCGAUGGUCAGUGGCAUAGGAUCGACGUUCGCUGGCAAAGCGGUCAAAUUAUCCUGGAUAUGGAUUAUAGAAAUAAGCCAUUAAUCCAAUCGUUGCCGGCUAAAUUACAAGGUUUAUACGUUGGAAGAACCUUAAUUGGUAGCCCCGACAAAUCAUUCAACACCGAAUUGCCGCUCUACAGUGGAUGCCUUCAGGACAUACGAGUAGGAACGAAUCAAACACUUCUUCAAGUACCAAUAAUUCAAGAAAAUAUUGGAUUCGGAUGUGACAGUGAUAAUACAUGUCGAGUCAAUUGCGCAGAUUCUGCAACUUGUGUAACGAAGUGGGAAUCAAGCGAAUGUAUUUGCAGCGAAGGUCGAGUCGGUCAGAAUUGUGAACAAAUAUGCGACAUAAAUCCUUGCAGCUCAUUUGGUACGUGUGUCGCAGUCACAGAUAGUCAAAAGGGUUACGAUUGUAAAUGCAAAACUCCUGAGUACUCUGGAGAAUACUGUGAAAUUAAAGCCGAGCAGCCGUGUCCCGCGACCUGGUGGGGUUCGCCGGUCUGCGGUCCUUGUCACUGUGACGAGUCGCGUGGCUACGAUCCAUCUUGUAAUAAGACCACAGGUGAGUGCUACUGCAAGGAGAAUCACUAUCAGCCUCCCGGCGAGAUGGAGUGCACACCGUGUGAAUGCUAUGCCACCGGGAGCUUUGGCCCGCGCUGCGAUUCUCUAACCGGCCAAUGCAGGUGCAGGAUGGGCGUCAUCGGCAGGUCCUGCACCGCUUGUCCCAACCCCUACGCCGAGGUCACCUUGAAAGGCUGCGAGGUCGUCUAUGACGGCUGUCCAAGGUCAUUUGCCGAUGGUUUGUGGUGGCCACGAACAAAGUUCGGCGAAACAGCGAUCGAGGACUGUCCGGGUACAGCCGAAGGCAAAGCCUCGCGCUCUUGCUCGGACAAACUCGGAGGCUGGCAAUCGACGGACCUCUUCAACUGUACCUCGGAAAUCUUCGUCGAGCAGCGACAUCAACUCGCCGCUAUGGAGACAUCGGAACUCAGCCUUAACACUUACGUCGCCGUCAAGAUGGCCAUGGAGCUCCACAAGGCCGUGAACGCCACGAAAAAUAUGUACGGGGCGGAUCUCCUCGUCACUGAGUCCCUCCUCUCUGCCCUCCUCAAGUACGAGGACAGCCUCGCUGGGCUGAACCUCACCCACAGUCAGGACAAAGAUUACGUGGCUCAUCUGGUCGGCAUAGCCGGGGCGAUCCUGCAGAAGAAGUACUCCGAAAAUUGGGCGAGAAUCGAGUCCCUCACCGGAAACGGCCCUGACAAAGUUAUGCUCACCAUGGCCGAGUACCUCAAGACUCUCGCUGUAUCACAACAUGAUACCUACACCAGCCCCUUCGAAGUGGUAGACGCUAACGCUGUAUUGGGCUUGGACAUCGUCACGUCGACAAGUUUAUUCGGCUACGAGGCGGUGGAAUAUAAGGAAGACGCAUCGCUCUCUACGGCUAGACCUACUGAAGCUGAUCAGAAAGUUAUAUUGCCGGAUACCUCUGCCUUCUUCGUCUCGCCCAUACAUAUGGGCCCUUCGAUAAGCUUUCCAAAGUACAACAAUUAUAUGCCUGAUCCAAAUAAGUUCGAUCCGUAUUCAAAAAUACAAGUGCCUCUAAGUCUGUUGGGUAUACAAUCCGUUACCCAGGGCGACCUCAAUGUCAAAAACAGUCUAAGUAAUCAUAAAGCCGUAUUAAGUUACGUACAAUAUCGGGAACUUGGUAGUCUGCUGCCUAGAAGAUUUGACGACUCAGUGACGGUAAGAUGGGGAGUCGAAAUUGCAAUUGGAUCACCUAUUAUAACGGUUUCCGUCCUAGUGCCAUCCGAAGCUGGAUAUGAGACUUUGACAGGCAUUCCUCUUAAAUUUCCUGUUCGAAUUCAGCUUUGGCUAAGUGAGGAUGAUGGUUAUAAAACUCGAAUCAAUCCUCAAUGCGUGCAUUGGAGCACGGCCAGAGGAAUCGGCGAGUGGAGCAGAUUGGGCUGCACAACCGAGGUCGAUGAUAGUACUCUACCUCUCGGUACGAUGGUCAAUUGCUCGUGCAUCAAACUCUCGACAUUCGCCGUUCUGACGGACGUCCUCGACUUGGAAUACGUCCCGGAGCCAUCGCUCCUCGAGGACGUGACGAGCUACAGCGCCUUCAUCAUUUCCCUACCUCUCCUCCUCACAACAAUCCUUAUCUUGGCUCUGAUACGCGGCGGCCACACCAACUCAAAUAGCAUUCAUAAGAACCUCGUGAUGUGUGUCUUCGUUUCUGAAUUGCUGUAUCUCGUGGCCCUGAAGGCGCGCAGUGCCCUCAUCGGCAACGAGUUCCCCUGCAAGCUCAUCGCCAUCGGGCUCCAUUACGCCUGGCUCAGCACCUUCGCUUGGACACUCGUAGAUUCGAUACAUCUUUAUCGCAUGCUCACUGAGAUGAGAGACAUCAAUCACGGGCAGAUGAGGUUUUAUUACACCCUCGGUUACGGCGUGCCUGCGAUCAUAGUUGGAUUAACCAUUGGCGUCAGAGCUGACCAAUACGGAAACUUUUAUUUCUGCUGGCUUUCCAUCUAUGAGAACGUGAUCUGGUCGCUGAUUGGUCCCACCUGCAUCCUGGUCUUCACGAACUUCUGCAUUCUAAUAAUGUCGGUGAAAGCGGCCUUUACGCUCAAAGAUCACAUCAUGGGUUUCGGCAAUCUUCGCACGCUCCUCUGGUUGUCAGUUGCCUCGCUACCGCUUCUCGGCACGACCUGGACCCUCGCGGUACUCGGCGCCUCCGAGAACUCGGCUACCCUCUCCUAUAUGCUGAGCGUCUCGAUAGUCCUACAUGCAAUGUUCAGCCUCGUCGGCUACUGCUUCAUCAAUGGCAGAGUCAGGAGGAAUCUUUAUCUGAGCAUGCUGAAGUGCAUCGGGAAGAAAGCGCCCCUCCUUGAUGUCAGCAUGGUCAAUGGGAGUAGCAGUCAAAACGUCAAUACCGGUAUAAAUCGGUCGGGGAUUGCCUACUCGUCGACAUACGGUGGAACAGACGCGAACUCCAAAAGAGUCCAUGUCGGGGUGUCGACGAGCAGCACAACGUCUCGGAGCACAAAUAAGACCGGAUCCAGUCCGUAUCGGAGCGACACGCAACUCCGAAACACCUCGACAUCAACAAGUAACUACAACAGCGAUCGUGGAGCUUACAUGUCUAAGCGAAGCAAUCAUUCGACAAGACCGAAAAGGAAUGAGGCAAAUCAGGAACGCGAACAGCAGCGCCGGGAUUCCGAGUCGGACUCGGACGCGUCGCAGCGGGACGAUCGAGGACGAGCUCUAGAGAUGGCAAGCUCCCACAGUUCGGAGGACGAGGUUCUUCGUGUGCCUAAAACCUCGGCGACCCCAAAAAUGCGCAAGAACAUUGGCGUGACGACACAGCAGCCAUCAGCGUUGACCCACCCUUACUUACCUAAUAUAUCUGCUAAUAGAAGCGAACCCCUCAACGUCCUUCACUGCUCCAGCACCGACCUCUUUCCCAACAUCAAGCCCAUUUACGCGCCACGCUGGAGUUCUCAAUUACCCGAGGCUUAUCUACCGUCGACUAACGUUGAAGGACGCAGUAGUCAGUGGUCGGGUGGCACAAUGUCUGACAACGAAAUGGUCUCGACGAAGACGACCAGCCCCAAUCCACUGUCAUACGUCGACCUAAAUCUUCACCAUUCGAAACUGCAGCCAGAUGAGACCUACUCCGAAGUUGAGGACAAGUUUCACAUAUCUGAUAAAUAUUUGUAUCCCUAUACGCCAGGAGAUGACGAACUCCACCUCGAGCAGCAACAGCAACAGCACCAACAGCAACAACUACACCAGCCAAGCUCACCAACUCCCUAUAUGCUUUCGAUGCCCUCGAGAAUUUUGAACUCGAGUCUUAGCCAUCACUCACAAACUUCCAAUCACGAAAAUUUUAACAAUGGCUACGAUAGAUACGGGAGCCUUAAAAAGGGACAUGCGCUGCACAAAGUGAACCAUGACAAUCUUGGAUACACUGACAGAUAUGGAAGCUUGAAGAGGGGUGGGAGCCUCCACGGUUCGUACCACGAUAACCUGAACAACGGCCUAGAGAGGUACGGGAGUCUGAAACGUGGCAAGAUCACGCCGACGAUGCUCGAGGACACGUCGGAUUAUAUAAUGCCGAUCGGCAGUCGGAUACUGUCAAAUUCCCUGAGCCACGACCUGCAGCACCACAGCAACGAACUUGCGGCACUGAGGCAACUCCAACUGCAACAGCAACAGAUGCAAUACGAGCAGACCAUCGCCGAGACUGAGAAGGAUAUUAGUAAUGCAGAAACGUCAGUAUGAUAAUCUUGUCUAUGCAACAAACGAACACAAGAAACAAAGCAACAAAAUUUCGUACAAACUUACAGAGUUAAAUAUUUUAGUCUUAGCCAUUUUACACGUAAAAAAUUAAUAUUAAGCUUAACAUUGUAAGCGUUGGCCAUGACCGUACAUAAAAUGAUGCAGCCAUAUAUAUAUUUUAUUGCACGUAUGUGUGAGUGCCUGUUUAUAUUGUGUUUAUGUUGUAUAAACACUGGAAGGAAAUGUUUGUAAUUUUUGUUAAUUUAAGAAUGCAGGAUUUAAUGUCUCAGUCAUUUCGAUGAUGGUACAUCGAACUUCUUAGACUCCAACCUGUAAAAUAUGAUCUCUCGGCUGUCAUUUUUCACUGAUCAUUUAUAUACCAACGAGAAUUGUCAUUACUUGUAAUUUAUGUACUUAUUCAAUGCUCAGUAUUUGUGCAAUGUAUACAUUCCAAUGUCUUACCUUCUUUUAUUUAGAUUUUUACGUUACUUGUGCAUUCUUCGCCUGCCUAUGCAAACGUAAAAAUAUAAAAAUAUAAAGUAUAACAAA